UGGAGAGAGACUCAGGUCUAGAAAUAUCCUUGCUGCCACGUGACCUGAAGAGGAGGAAACCUGUGCCAGCCCCAAUCCCAGGCCCGCCAUGUGCACCACCAGUGCCUGCGACCUGGAGGAGAUCCCCCUGGAUGAUGACGACACAGGCAGCAUAGAAUUCAAAAUCCUGGCCUUCUAUGCCAAACACCAUGUCUUCAAGAACAGCCCCGCAGUCUUCUCACCGAAGCUGCUGAGAACAAGGAGUUGGUCCCAGAAAGGACUGGGGGGUUGGCCAGCAAAUGAGUCAUGGACACAGGUGUCGUGGCCUUGCAGAAAUUCCCCAUCCAGCGAGAAGCCCCUAAACCUGGCCAAGAAAAAGUCUUCCUGGAGAACACUCUUUGGAGUAAUAGAGAAGGAGGAAGAUGCCCAGAGCUCACCUGUAUUCGCUUUGGAGGGUGCCAGAGCACAUCAGGCUGGUCCUCAGAGUCAGCAAUGGUCUAGGUCCCUCACUAACGUGGAGCGGCACGCCGAGCGGGAAGCUGUGGACCCCAAAGUUGUUUCCAUUGCCCAGCGCAUUGCUGAAAUCGUUUAUUCCUGGCCCCCGCCCGAAGUGUUCCGGGCCGAGGGAGGAGGCUCCAAGUCCAAGGGGAAUUUUGUCCAUCCGUUCCUCCACUGCCAAGGCCCGUGCUCCCAGCCUCGAGCCACCAGUACUAAGAAAGAUGGAGAAGACCAAAUUAUAGCCAAAAUCGUUGAGCUGCUGAAAUAUUCAGGGGAUCAGUUGGAAAGAGAGUUGAAGAAGGACAAGGCUUUAAUGAACAGCUUCCAGGACCAGCUAUCCUACCCUGUUUUCAAGACCAUCACGGACCACUUCUUACGGGGUGUGGACACCAGGGGAGAAUCAGAGGUCAGAGCUCAGGGCUUUAAGGCUGCCCUUGCAAUAGAUGUCACGGCCAAGCUCACUGCCAUCGACAACCACCCCAUGAACAGAGUGCUGGGUUUUGGAACCAAGUACCUGAAAGACAACUUCUCGCCCUGGGUCCAGCAGCAGGGUGGAUGGGAAAAAGUACUUGGAAUAGCACAUGAAGAGGUAGACUGAAGCAUCAGAAGAGUUGUCGUCUGGAAUACUCAUUAUCCAACUGGGAUCCUGUCUACAUUGGUCUCACCAUAGAGUGUGGGAGGAAAUACAAAUGUGCAAGGCAGAGGGAGCAUUGAAGCUUCCCAAAUCAUCGUUCCUGUGAAUCCAGAGGCAUCAGGAGAGGCCUCGUCUGUCUCCAGC